AUGAGAUUCACGAGUCGCCUCGAAGGCGUGCCUCUGAUUAAACUCAACGACGAGCGUGGCGCGGAUGCCGAAUUACAACUCGCGUUAGCUGGCAACGCGGCCGCCGCUGGCUAUUACGGAAUGACCGCCGAUUCGGAGCCGAAAAAGGCCAAGCUUGACCCGUCGCUACUGUAUUACAGUAAUCCGGCCUAUCUGACCGGCGUGCCGUUCUCGCAAAUCCAAUUGUCGACGUUGCCGCAGUGUACGACGUCGGCGGCGACGGCGGCGCCGCGAAGCAAAGUUGUGCACGUGCGCAAUAUUCCGCCGGACCUUCUCGAAGUCGAACUCCUUCAACUUUGCGGCCAAUACGGGCAAAUUUCGAAUUUUAUGAUGCUCAAGGGAAAAAGUCAGGCGUUUGUCGAGUACGAGGAGGAGAAUGGCGCGGCCGCGUUUGUCACUGCAAUGGCGGCGGUGCCAAUACAGAUUCGCGGCAGGACCGUAUUCGCGCAAUUCAGCACCCACAAGGAGUUGAAGCUCGACAAGAACAAAGUGCCGACGUCAUCGGCAGCAUCGUUGGCGGCUCCACCGAUUCCCGAUGACACCGAGGUUCGUCAAUUGUGUUGUUUCACUUUGCCGCCGCCAAAAAUGGGAUAA